ACCCGGUGUGGGGCUCUAGGGCUGUGGGUUGGGCGGCGGCAGUAGUGGUGGCCGUCACGAUUGGGGCUGGACAGAGGGCGAAGUAGUCGCCUGUUCCUGGCAAACCAGUCGAGGGCUCAGGAUCAGGGGCAUUGGAGGAAGUCUCCCCGAACUGCUUGCCUCUGGCCUAGGAAGAGGCGGCCCUAGUUGCCGGCUUCCAGCCCCGGGCGGCCUCCUUCCCCUACCCAAUACCCGGGCUGUGUGCGGGCGGCCGCGGCUCUAUCUGACGGGCUGCGGCAAGAACCGCCCAGCGGGCUGGACUGGACCCUCCUUCUGAGGACCGGCUGGAGGAGAGGUAGAGGGAGCGCAGCGGGUCAGUCCCUCAGCCCAGAGAUCAGGCCCGGGGUUCCCGUGUCUGUCGUGCUCUGUCUUUCCCCCAGCCCUCUUGGGUAAUCUCUCUGCUUCUGCUUCUUCUUUGAGUGUAUCACCAGGCCCUCUAACAAGGUGAUUUUUCCUCCUUGCUUUUGCCGGACAUUUAAAGGAUAUCUCCCCUCAUCUUUACCUCUGUUCUCUUAAAAGUUUUCCUUCACUGGGAAUGCGUGUCUUCCUUCCCUGGACCAUUUGAAUGGUUCCCACUCCAGCCUCCUGAUUUAGCAACUGGGUUUACAUUCAGAUUAAAACCUUAAAAACAAACAAACAAACAAACAAAAACUACCUACCAAAGCCAACUUACAGAAUUGUUACAGAAUUGUUCUCUCCCGCCUAAGAAAGGCAAAUGGACUUUGGAGUUAAGAUGCAGGGAGGCGAACCAGUGUCAACCAUGAAAGUCUCAGAGAGUGAAGGAAAGCUGGAGGGCCUGGCCACAGCGGUGACCCCGAACAACAAGAACAGCAGCAACAGCAGCUACGGGAGUGGAAUGAGCAGCAGCCGUGGUGGCAGUGCAAAAGGCUGGCAGUACAGUGAUCACAUGGAAAAUGUGUAUGGCUAUUUAAUGAAGUACACCAACCUUGUCACUGGGUGGCAGUACAGGUUUUUUGUUUUGAAUAAUGAAGCUGGACUAUUGGAGUACUUUGUGAAUGAACAGUCUAGAAAUCAAAAACCCAGAGGUACUUUGCAGCUUGCAGGAGCUGUAAUAUCACCCAGUGAUGAAGACUCUCACACCUUUACUGUAAAUGCUGCCAGUGGGGAACAGUAUAAACUCAGAGCCACAGAUGCUAAAGAACGGCAACAUUGGGUUAGCAGACUUCAGAUAUGUACACAACAUCACACUGAAGCUAUUGGAAAGAAUAAUCCUCCUCUGAAGUCACGAAGCUUCUCACUUGCAUCUAGUGGUAAUUCUCCUAUAUCUCAGAGGAGACCAAGUCAAAAUGCUAUUUCUUUUUUUAAUGUUGGACAUUCCAAACUGCAAUCAGUGAGCAAAAGAGCUCACUUACCUCCAGACCAUCUUGUGGAAGUCAGAGAAAUGAUGUCUCAUGCUGAAGGACAACAGAGAGACUUAAUCAGACGAAUUGAAUGCCUUCCUGCUUCUGGCCAUCUUAGUUCCUUAGACCAGGACCUCUUAAUGCUCAAAGCAACUUCCAUGGCAACUAUGAACUGCCUAAAUGACUGCUUUCAUAUUCUCCAGUUGCAGCAUGCAUCACAUCAGAAGGGCUCAUUGCCUCCAGGAACGACAAUCGAGUGGUUAGAACCAAAGAUACCUUUAUCAAACCAUUAUAAAAAUGGAGCUGACCAGCCUUUUGCAACUGAACAGAGCAAGCCAGUGGCAGUCCCAGAAGGGCACUCUGUCGCAGAAUCUAGAUUACUGGCAAGGGAGCCUGAAGAAAUAAAUGCAGAUGAUGAGGUGGAGGAUACGUAUGAUAUCAAGGAAGAUGACCUGGGAGCUGUGGAAGAGCAACGCAGUGUUAUCCUACAUCUCUUGUCACAGCUCAAACUGGGCAUGGAUUUAACAAGAGUGGUGCUUCCUACAUUUAUCCUAGAGAAGCGUUCCUUGCUGGAAAUGUAUGCAGACUUUAUGUCUCAUCCAGACCUGUUUAUAGCCAUCACUAAUGGAGCCACAGCUGAGGACAGAAUGAUUCGUUUUGUUGAGUACUACCUUACCUCAUUUUAUGAAGGCCGUAAGGGAGCGAUUGCUAAGAAACCAUACAAUCCUAUCAUUGGAGAAACAUUUCACUGUUCCUGGAGGAUCCCGAAAAGUGAGGUAGCAUCCAGUGUUACUAGCAGUUAUUCCACCCCGGCAGUCAUAAAUCAAGCACCUCUAUCAGAGGAGUCUUUCUGCCAAGUGGGAUCAGACUGUUAUACAGUCAGAUUCGUUGCUGAGCAGGUUUCCCAUCAUCCUCCAGUCUCAGGAUUUUAUGCAGAAUGUUCAGAGAAGAAGAUGUGUGUAAAUGCACAUAUUUGGACUAAGAGCAAAUUCUUAGGCAUGUCAAUAGGCGUGACAAUGGUUGGAGAGGGUAUCCUCAGUCUGUUGGAGCACAGAGAAGAGUAUACAUUUUCUUUACCUUGUGCAUAUGCCCGGUCAAUUUUAACUGUUCCUUGGGUAGAACUGGGUGGCAAAGUCAGCGUCAACUGUGCAAAGACUGGGUACUCAGCCAGCAUCACUUUUCAUACCAAGCCAUUUUAUGGUGGAAAACUGCACCGGGUUACAGCUGAAGUAAAGCACAACAUCACCAACACUGUGGUAUGCAGAGUGCAAGGGGAAUGGAAUAGUGUUCUUGAGUUCACUUAUAGCAAUGGAGAGACGAAGCAUGUGGACUUGACUAAAUUGGCAGUAACGAGGAAAAGAGUAAGACCUCUGGAGAAGCAGGAUCCAUUUGAAUCCAGGAGAUUAUGGAAAAAUGUAACUGACUCUCUGAGGGAAUCUGAAAUUGAUAAGGCCACAGAGCAUAAGCGUGCCCUGGAAGAACACCAGAGGACUGAAGAAAGGCAUCGUACUGAAACAGGCACACCCUGGAAAACCAAAUAUUUUAUUAAAGAGGGAGAUGGUUGGGUUUAUCACAAACCCCUUUGGAAAAUAAUUCCAACAACACAACCAGCAGAGUGACACACACCAUCUAAGACUCAACCAAAUGAGGUUCUUCUCUGUUUAUCCUUAACCCUCCCGGACUGGAGUCAUUGCACUGAGACACUUGCUUCCUGAUUGCACAGACUGAAACUAGCUAAAAACGAAUGUACAUAUGAAGGCACUGUAGUGCUACAGCAAGACCAAAGUGUUGAAGAAACACGAUGGACCUUUCACCAACUUGUUUCAUGUGAUGUGAAUAAUAUCAUCUUAAAAUGUUUUACCUGAAUUAUUAGAUGAUUAAUCUUCUAUCCAGUUCCUGUUCCUAAAGCUAAGUUUGAAUCCUGGCUUUGCACAGGAGCAACAGAUACACACAGCAAUUGAGAACUCAGUCAUUUUGAUUUCUUUAAAGUGAAAAGUGAAGUCUCUUUCAGAGUUUGUGCUUUGCUUUCUAUCAGUAACUGGAGUAUUCACUACUCUUAUAAACAAACCAAGAGAAGGGAGGAAGAUGACCCAGAAAUGGAUUCAGCCAUUGUGCCUGAAAUCAGUGUUUAAAAAAAAACAAAAACAAAAACCAACCAGGUUGUUACAAAGGCAUUCUUUUCCUUCAAAAAGACUGUGUGCCUGUGUCUGAGGAAUUUAUCCAUUAUCCCCCUCUGUUGGAACUCUCUUUUAAAAAGCAUAUUUAUAAAUUGAUUAGAAUUGUAACCAUGGAGAAUUUUUUCUUCUGAACAUUUUAAUAUACUUGAAAACAACAUUGACUUGAAAAAUUUCAGAACAUUUUUCGAUACCUGGUUUUAUUAAAUAUUACACUUGAGAACAAUUUUUUAAAUGUGUUCAUGACAAUAUGAUGAAAUUUUAGCCUUUCUCAAGAACUAAGGCAUUAAAGAAAAUAGCAAAUAUUAAAAAAUAAAACUGUUACUUUUUUUCCACUUGUAGGUUAAUAUCCAGUAUUAUGUGCUAUCCCUCUGGAUAAGUAUGCUUUAUUUUAUCUUGUUCACUCAAAAUUUAAAACAACUAUUCAUAUUUGUCAGUAAUUCAGAAGUUAUAUAUGUGACUGAACGCAUGCAAAGUGUGGUUUUAUUUUCUUUUCAGGAAAAUGUAAAUGCUGAAGAAAGAGUAUGAAAUUUAAAAAAAAAAACACAGGAAAAAUGAUAUCAGGAAAUUGUAUUCAGGUACAUAGCUUUUUUAAAAUAA